AUGUCGGUUUCGACCGAGAAGCGUUGCUGCGCGAGGUGUGGGACGGAGAAGACGAUCCAGGACGAGCUCGACCGGAUGAAGGAGUAUGUCAACGUUGGCGAACGCAGAGGGACAUUUGAGAGAAAGGAGUUGAAGAGCGCAAAGAAGAGAAGGAAGGGUGGUGGAGAGGGCGGGGCGGAGGAGGGGAAAAGGCGGAGGAUUGAUGCUUUGGUGACGGAGGGGUCUGCCGUGGUGCCGAAGAGACAGGCGGGGUCAAGGGAUAGCGGGAUGCCCUUGGUUCUGAGGUCCCUGCCUCCAGUGGGGUUGUUGACGAGGGAUGAGCUGGCGUCGUUCUUCAAGAUCCCGCGGGGUCCUGUGGGUUCAGCUGGUCCAAGGGAUCCGAAGCGACUGGGAAAUGUCGGGGGAGGGCAGGAGGUGAUGAGUCAGGUUUCGUCGGUGUCAUCAAACGCUAGGCAGGGUAUUAGGAGGGGUGGGGAGGGGUUGAACUCGGGGGCGGUUGUGGAGGUGGCGCCCGCUCCAGCGGUGUCGGGCGGUGUUGACAGGGACGUGGGGGCUGGCAGAGUGUCGCCGAGCAGCGAAGUGGGGUUGAGCGGUGUUGACAGGGUGGAAGAGGUUUGGAGAAGGUCAAAUGAUGGGAACGGCGGUGGGAAUGGAGGAAGAACGGAGGGUGCGAUGGAUUCGAGGGACGAGGACAUGUCGAGGUGGCUCGACAACAUGUCUAUCAAGUCGGGCACGAAAUCGUCCGAGAGGGACAGGCGAGAGCUGAAGAGGGUGACCUCAUUGCAGGUCGGGGUGGAGGAGGAUUUCGAGCGGAAGUUCUUUGCCUUCUGGGAUGCUUUCAUGGAGAUGUUGAUGGGAGUGGUGAGGAGCGGCGGCGAGAUGCCACAGCACAGCGAUUGGGAGCAGUAUGCGGAGGCGUACCGCGAGAGCCUUGGCGACCUGUCUGACAGGCUGGAUGGCCUUGAGCGCGAGAUCCAAGGGUACGCAGGGCUUCAAGUCCUGUACAGGCUGGACGGUCUGAGGAUUGAGGAGCGGACGAGGGCCUUUGUGAACAGCCAGGUGUACCAGGACACGGGCAGGGCGCUCAGGGCGUUCUUUGGGGAGUGCCUUGGGAUGCUGACGGGGUUCUGGGGGCCGGACGUGCUGAGGUUCGUGAAGAAGGUGCUGGUGCAGCUGAGUCUGCAGUACGUGCUCAUGAAGCACAUGAGGGGGUGGAGGAGGGGGGCGGACCUUGUCCGGUACCGGUCGAGCAUGUACCUGAGGGCGAGGUACAACCUGAUGGGUUUGGAGCUGCUCUUUGAGUCGAAGGUUUUCCGGGUUCUGUUUCCGGAGGUGAGCGUGGGCCAGCGUGUGAUCGAGCAGGCCGAGUUCCAGAGGCAACACGCGAGGGUCCAGCAGUCGUUGGAGGUCGUGAAGAAGAUGUAUGGCAAAGUGUUUACGGGGUAG